CCCUCCAGAUGGGAGACACAAGUUGAGUUCAACAAGGAAACAUGAAGACGUUCACACUGAGUUUUCUCCUGAGCCUUUCGGCUGCAGUGUUCUGCAUGCCGGUGUCGCAGCCCACACAGCAGGAUGAGAAGUUUGCAGAGAACUAUCUGAAGAGAUUUUUCAACCUGACAGAGGAAAGAGGUCCAACGUUCAGAAGUGGCAUCAGCUCAGUGUCUAAGAAGCUGAUGGAGAUGCAAAAAUUCUUUGGCCUUCAGAUCACAGGGAACCUGGAUGCUGACACCUUGGCCAUGAUGAAGAAGCCACGCUGUGGUGUCCCAGACGUAAAAGUUUCUCGGUUCUCCACUUUUGGAAACAAUCUGAAAUGGAACAAGAAUGACCUCACAUACAGGAUAGAGAACUACACACCAGACAUGUCUGCAGCAGAGGUAGAUGAAUCCAUAGAGAAAGCUCUUCAGGUUUGGGCCAAAGUUACUCCCCUCAGAUUCACAAGGAUUUACAGUGGCAUAGCAGACAUCAUGAUCUCCUUUGGUCGUGGUGAACAUGGUGAUUUUUACCCCUUUGACGGCCCUGACGGUACUCUUGCCCAUGCUUUUCCUCCUUCUUCUGGUAUCGGAGGAGACGCCCAUUUUGAUGAAGAUGAGACCUUCACCUUCCGCACUAACAAAGGCUACGUCCUCUUCCUGGUUGCAGCCCAUGAGUUCGGACACUCUCUGGGUUUGUCCCACUCUAACGACCCUGGUGCUCUCAUGGCCCCUGUGUACUCGUACAAAAACCCAGACACGUUUGUUCUGCCACAAGAUGAUGUCAGAGGCAUCCAGUCGCUUUAUGGCAAAAAUGAGGAUCCAAUUCCUCCUGGACCAACUGCUCCCCCCACUCCUGAUGCCUGUGAUUCCUCCCUGGUCUUGGAUGCUGUUGCCACACUACGAGGAGAGAUGCUGUUCUUCAAGAACGGAUUCUUCUGGCGUAUCCACCCCCAGAGUAACAUCCCUGAGCAAACUCUCAUAGCAAACUUCUGGCCCGACGCCCCUGACAGUGUUGAUGCUGCUUACGAGAGUCAGCAGUCAGACAGAGUCUUUCUCUUUAAAGGUCGUCAAGUUUGGGCGUUCAGUGGCUAUGAUCUGGUACGCGAUUAUCCCAAAUCGAUUUCCAGCUUCGGUUUGCCAAAGGACAUCAAGAAAGUCGAUGCGGCCCUCAAUGACCCAGAGACUGGAAAGACUCUGUUCUUCGUUGACAGCAAUUACUACAGCUAUGAUGAGACUACAAAGGCGAUGGACUCAGGAUUCCCAAAGCAAGUUGAUGAAACCUUCUCUGGAAUGACCAGGAAGGUGACAGCAGCUUUACAGAACAGAGGUUACACCUACCUCUACAGUGGUCCCUACAUGUACGAGUUCAGCUCAAGGACGGGGCAGAUGCUGCGUCUGCUGAGAAACAGCUACUUCCUGCCCUGCAACAACUACUAGAUCAGCUUUUGAAGAAAACCAAGGAAGGUUCAAUUAACGUCAAAAUUGCAUCCAUAAUUUAUAAUAAUAAUAAUAAUAGGACCUAUUUAUUUUGUUGUGUUGUCAUGUAGUUUCAGGAAAAUAAUGAACCUUUCUGCUAAGUGUAUGUUUUUUUUAAUGUUUAUUUAUAAUGUUAAUGUAUUCUGGGUUUUAUGCCAAAAAUGGUUUUUUAAGUUAUUCUAACUUUAUUUUUAUUAUAAUUUAUUAAGAUUAUUGGACAGUCCCUUUUUUGUGUUAUUUGCUUUUUAUAAGUUAAUUUAUUACAUUCGUUGUACAAAUGUGGGCCUUUUGACUGCCUCAACAAAGUAAUAUUACAAAUAGAAUUACAUAAUAAAAAAUGCAGUUUUGUGUAUUUUUGUAAAUUCAGUUAUUAUCAUUUGAAACCAACCAAUUUCUUCAUGAAAAGCACAUGACCAUGCAUCAACUAUAACGUUGAUCCCCUGACAUGUUAUACCCAAAAUUAGUUUUUACAUGUUUUCAUUCACCAGGUCAUCUAAAUGAAAUAAAUGUGUUAUGAUCAAAUA